AUGGUCGUGUCAGGGUACGACGGUGACGUCGUUAUGAAUGUUGCUAGGAUACUCAGUAAGAUGACCUUACAGGCAGAAUGUUGCAUGGAGGUUUGCAGCAACAAGUUGUUUGUGACGAGUUUUCUGGAAGUGUUCAAGAGAUUUGUUGACAAUGAGGACAUAAUAGUCAGAAUCGCGUUCACAAUGGGCAACAUGUUUUCCAAGCACGAUCACUCAAGACUGCACUUCAUCCAGCUGGAUGCCGGCUUGGAAACCCUACUCAACCUCCUCAGUCACUACGUCAGAGUGCUCUUGCUUUCUGGCAGUCAGUUGGGAUUGGAGAAAAGAUCGAAAGUGGAGGACGUGUUGAUAAAAGUGCUGAGGCUGACGGCCAACAUGACCCUUAAUGAAGAUGUCGGCUAUGUGAUGGUUCAGUCGCACAAGUUCAUCAAGUUACUGUCCGCUUUGUUAGACUACGAAAUGUUGCAGCAGAACGAAGAAUUGAUCAACAACUUGAUGUCACUCCUUAUUAAUUUAUCUUAUUACAACAACAACAAUGACAACAUCAACAACAAAAACAACAUCAACAACAACAUCAACAACAACAGCAAUAACAACAACAACAUUAAAAGACCCAAUUACAAAACUAGCAACAUAAACAAUCAAAAUAAACAUGCAGAUACACUGACUAAAGAUAGCGUUAAUAUUGACCUGAUGAUAGCCAGUUACUUGGACUCGGACGAUAACGAGGUAGUCUUUUCAAGCUGUGGUACUCUCAUCAACUUCAUGAUCGAUCCUAAGAACAGACGGAGAUUUAGAAAUUUGGCCGGAGUUGAAAAAAUAAUUGGAGUCAUUGAAACAUUCAGUCAAAAUGAUUGGCAGCUCGUUGGAAUGGCAUGUCAGAUUCUAUCAAACUACUCACUCACUGAUGAUUAUGAUAAUGAUAACGCUGAUGAUGAUGAUGAAGAUGGGGGUCAUGGUGAUGAUCGUGAGGAUGGAAAGAAGAGGUUUUUCACCAAAUCCGAGAUCCAUAAGCUAAUGACGCUACUUCAAACGUUUUUAGGUUUGUAG